CGGCUGCAGGUACCUCGACAGGUGCAGUGAAUAACCCAACCCGAUUGGCUCCUGCAGCCUCGGUGUCAUCACCCCUGGAUGUCCAAUCAAGCCGCUGACUGGCCGGUGACGUCACGGUGGCGUCGGGGUGAUUCAAACCUCAGUUGAGAUUCUGCUGCGCGAGACGCGCACGCACCUGCGGCUCAGGUGAGACCACAAGAGACCAGCGGAGGCUAGAGAGGAGAAGCUAGGUUAGGCUAAGCUAAGCUAAGCUAAACUAAACUAGCCGUGCCGUGCCGUGCCGUGCCCCCGGACCUGUGUCACCUGCUCCCCCACCUGUAGAGGACCGUGUGGGCCCCCCCCCCCAGAUGUCCCCCGACCCCCACCAUGUCCGCUCCAUCUCUUCAGAACGGAAACCUGCGGGGGCUGGACGAGGUGGAUAUCCUGGACCCACAGUUCCAGCAGCGGUUGGAAGAUGCUCGCACGCUGCUCCGGCAGGAGAUCCAGCGCGAGCUGAAGAUCAAGGAGGCGGCUGAGAGGCUGCGCCGCGCCGUCACCAACCGCAAGAGCGCCGCCGACGUGGAGGGGCAGCUCAAGGCCUCGAGCCGCAAGCUGGACCAGCUGCACUGGGAGCUGCAGGAGCUGAACGCCAGGUCCAUGGGAACCGAGAGAGACAGCACCACAGGAAGCCUAGAAGAAGAAGAGGCUCAGUCAGCAGAGUCGUGUCAGUGGCAGGACGUCACGUCACCGGUGGCCGGUCGGGUCAGAACCCUGAAGAAACAGCUGACCAUGGAGACCAAAGUCAAACAGGGCGCGGAGAACAUGAUCCACACGUACAGAUCCAGCACAGUGAAGGACAGGAAGAUGCUCUCCACGGCUCAGCAGAUGUUACAGGACAGUCGCACCAAGAUCGAGCUGCUGCGGAUGCAGAUCGUUAAAGUCAGUCAGGCCAGAGACGACGAGCGAGAUGGAACCCACGGUGGCUUCUCUGCAUCAGGUCCGGCUGUGGAGCUGACCAGCCCCGUGGAGCUGCGGGUGGCCGAGCUCAUGCACCACAUGAAGAUCGAGUCCGCCGUCGCAGAAGGAGCCAAGAACGUGGUGAGGCAGCUGAGCGGGAGGAAGAUCCAGGAUCGGAGGAUAGUGGCCGAGGCUCAGGCACGAAUGCAGGAGUCCUCUCAGAAGGUGGAUUUGCUGCGUCUGUCCCUGGAGAGACGUUUGAGCGAGCUGCCUCAGGAUCAUCCCAAACACACUGCCAUCAGAGAGGAGCUGGCGUCUGGAACCUCUCUGUCCUACGGCACGCCGAAGAAACUGUCCAGCGCCCUGUCCUCGUCCUCCUUCUUCAAACCCACCAGUCUAACAGGGCGAUUGGAGGUUUGCCUGAUGGGCUGCCAGGACCUGCUGGAGGCGGUUCCAGGUCGCAGCCGCGUGACCAGCAUCCCGUCCGCCUCCGGAAGCGUCUCGGACGCGAAGUCUCUGAAGGUGAGAGCCGGCCUAUCAGGACGCAGUGCCAAUGGAAAGAAGACCCAGGCCGAAGAAAUGUCCUCGGAGAUCAGCGCCGUGUUGAAGGUGGACAACCGGAUCGUGGGACACACACACUGGAGACAGCUGGGUAAAGAGGCCUGGGGCCAGAGCUUCAGCAUUGAACUGGAAAGGUCCAGGGAGCUGGAGAUCGCCGUGUACUGGAGAGACUGGCGUGCGCUGAGCGGAGUGAAGUUCCUGCGGUUGGAGGAUUUCCUGGAUAACCAGCGACACGGCAUGUGUCUGCACCUGGAGCCUCAGGGCCUCCUCUUCAUCGAGGUGACAUUUAUCAACCCCGUCAUCGAGCGGCGCUCCAAGCUCCAGAGGCAGAGGAGAAUCUUCCCCAAAGAAAAAGGGAAGGACUUCCUGCGUGCCGCUCAGAUGAACAUGAACUUCGCCACCUGGGGCCGUCUGAUGAUGAGCAUCCUGCCUCCCUGCAGCUCCCUGGACUCCAUGAGUCCUCCGCUAGCGGGCCCUCCCCCCGGCCACUCGUCCUCCGCCGCUCCUCAGUCGCAAGAAGCUGCUGUCGUGAAUCUGAACUUCUUUGAAGAUCAACCUGGACGAUCUCCACAUCGCUCCAGAAGGAUCAUCAAAGACUCUCUGCUGUCUCCACGUGAAAACAAGAGUCCGAAGCCGAACAGACAACCGUCCGUCCACUGUCCUGCUCAGACGGAUGAAGCGCUGCAGAUGGACGACUUCAACUGUAUUUCCGUCCUGGGACGAGGUCACUUUGGAAAGGUGCUGAUGGCCGAGUAUAAGAAGUCAGGGAAGCUGUACGCCAUCAAAGCCCUGAAGAAGGGAGACAUCGUGACACGGGACGAAGUCGACAGCCUCAUGUGUGAGAAGAGAAUCUUUGAGGUCAUCAACACGUCUCAGCAUCCGUUCCUCGUGAACCUGUACGGCUGCUUCCAGACCGAGGACCACGUGUGCUUCGUGAUGGCCUACUCCUCCGGAGGAGACCUCAUGACGCACAUUCACACCAGCAUCUUCACGGAGAAACAAGCCCGGUUCUACUCGUCGUGUGUGCUGCUCGGUCUGGAGUUCCUCCACCAGAAGCACAUCGUGUACAGGGAUCUGAAGCUGGACAACCUGCUGAUGGACGCUGACGGGUUUGUCAGGAUAGCAGACUUUGGUCUGUGCAAAGAAGGGAUGGGACACGGGGAUCGAACGUCUACUUUCUGCGGCACGCCGGAGUUUCUGGCUCCAGAGGUCCUGACUGACAACAACUACACUCGCAGUGUGGACUGGUGGGGGCUGGGGGUUCUCAUCUACGAGAUGCUGGUGGGGGAGUCGCCCUUCCCCGGUGACGAUGAGGAGGAGGUGUUCGACAGCAUCGUGAACGACGACGUUCGAUUCCCUCGCUUCCUGUCUCCAGAGUCGGUGUCUCUCAUCCAGAAGGUCGGUCUCCGCUCAGACUCUCAGCUCCGUUUGAUUCCACCUCGGGGUUCGAACCCCCGAGGCCUCGUGUCCUGUUCUCAAUCGUUUCUGUUUCAGCUGCUGCAGAAGAAUCCUGGGACGAGACUCGGAGGCGGAGAAGAAGACGCUGCGGAAAUCAAGAGACACAGAUUCUUCCAGGGGACGGACUGGGACGCUCUCCUGGCCAAGAAGGCGAAGCCGCCGUUCCUGCCGGUGAUCCGGGCGCCGCAGGACGUCAGUAACUUCGACGAGGAGUUCACGCGCCUGAAGCCGGUGCUCACGCCCCCCCGGACUCCGUGCGUCCUCACGGCCGAGCAGCAAGACAUCUUCAUCGACUUUGACUUCUCGUUCAUGAGAUGACCACCGGGUGGCGCCCUCCUCCGUCCAGCUGUAGUGUACUUGAUGAACAUCAGGAUUGAGUGCGUGUGUGGGCGGGACCUCAGCACCACCACUCAUGUGACUUACUGCACAGACUCUGGCUGCAAAGCACAUCCUCACCAGCAGAGGGCAGCGUUCGUAUCUGAGAUCUUUUGUCUGGACAGAGGACGGAAGACGUGUCGUCCAUCUUUAUUUACAGUCAGUGGUCGUCACGCGCUCUGAAACAUGACUCAGCGUUUACUGCCGUCUCACUAACAGUUGUUUUCUAUUGGGAUGUAUAAGUCUGGGAGAUGGUUAUUUUAAAAUGUUUCUCAGUGUUUUUCUUUUUAAAAUAAGAUGUCAAACUGUAAAGUGUAAAACUACAUGAAGCAAAACGAAUGAAUAAAUUUAAUUCAUCAAACAUU